CAUGUUAAGCCUGGAGACCCUGGAGAGUCAGAUAUCUGCUCUCAUGGAGGCCGAGGUGGAGGUGGCGGUGGCGGAGCUGCGCAGACUUCUGGAGCAGUGCUCGGCCGCCAUCUUGCCUGCCGCCGCUCGACCCCGCGCCGCUCCUCCGGCCGCGGGGUCGCGCGUGAAGAGCGGAGACGGCGACGGCCACGCGCCUCCGGCGGCGGAGGAGCGGCGGCUGUUUCACGAGGCCGUGACGGACCAGUUUGCGUCCCUCAUGGAAACCUGGACCAAAGGAGCGGUCCGGAAAAUACUGGCGAUGUUGAAAGGGUCCGUGUGCGAGGCCGAGGCCGGUCCCGCUGCGGAGCCGAGGUCCGGACCCGAGGGGGCGAGCGCCGAGCCGAGAGCGGGGCGGCUGGCCGGGCCCAAGAGUCAAUGUGCAGCCAGAAUCUCUCGCCAGAAGAGAAAGAAAAUGGAGGGAGGAGCCACACCGGCGCCGAAUGACCACAUCUAUUACAGAGAAGAGCAAACUCCAGAAGAACCAGCAGCAGCAGGAGCUGAGUACUCCGGACCGGUGACCACACCCGCGGAUGCGGCCACACCUGAGAGUACCUCUGGCUCGCCGUCUGUACCCGACGCCGUGUCAACGGAGGCCGCCUCCGAUGUGAGCGAGGAAGACGGCGUCCAGGAGGACGCGGGCGCCUCGACCGCCGCGUCCAGAUUGAAAAAGAAGCAGAAGACCACGGCGCCGUUGCAAUGCCCCUCCUGUGACAAAACCUUCGCCCUGAAGUGCAUGCUGGACCGGCACCACCUGACCCACACAAAGCCGCACCUCUGCGCCGAGUGCGGCAAAAGCUUCUCCGAGAAGCAGGGGCUCGCCGCGCACUCCCGGCGCCACGCGGGGGAGAAACCCUACGAGUGCUCCGACUGCGGCGUGGCGUUCGCCUACAAGUACACGCUGGCCCGCCACGUGCGCCGCCACGGCCUCAAGACGCCGAGCGCCCGCACCUGCGCGCUCUGCGACGGCCAGUUCGGCGGCGCCCUGGAGCUCCAGCGGCACCGCUGCGGCGCCCUGGCGACGACCUUCUCGUGCUCGCUGUGCCCCGAGGCGUUCUCGUGCCGGACGAGCCUGGCGGAGCACGAGAACCUCCACCCGGGGGCCCGCGGCUUCGUCUGCGAGGUGUGCGGCGAGAGCUUCUUCUCGUCGGCGUCCCUGACGGCGCACCGCGUGACCCACGGGCCGCCGGACGACUGCCGCGACGCGCCGGGCCUGGGCUCGAGCGGCGCCGCCGUCCUCCGCGGCCGCACGGGCCACAAGCUGUUCUCCUGCGACGUCUGCGGCAAAGGCUGCAGCCACCGCAGCGCCCUGAAGCACCACAUGCUGACGCACACGGGCGACAAGCCCUACGUGUGCGACACGUGCGGCAAGCGCUGCGGCCACGCCAGCGCCCUCCAGAACCACAUGCGCGUGCACACGGGCCGGAAGCGCGGCCAGCGGCCGGCGUGCGCCGUCUGCGGCAAGAAGUUCCGCUGCGCGGCGAACCUGAAGUACCACACGAGCGUGCACACGGGCGUGAAGCCGUACGGCUGCGACCGCUGCGACAAGAAGUUCAGCAACCCGAGCAACCUGAGGAUCCACGCGGCGAUCCACUCGGGCGUGAAGCGCUACGGCUGCAACGUGUGCGGCCGGCGGUUCACGCAGGCCGUCGGCCUCAAGCUGCACCGCCGCGUCCACACGGGGGAGAAGCCGUACUUCUGCGCGGCGUGCGGCAAAAGGUUCAUGCACGGCAGCGACUUCAGGAAACACCAGAGGGGCCACAUGGGGGAGGAGCCGGAAAACACCACCGUGGAGAACUAAAAGAUAUAGAUAUAUAUAUAUAUAAAAUAAUAUGUGUAUAUAAUUUAUUAUAUAUACACAUAUAUAUAU